CAUCACUGCUCUCCCCCCUCUAUUAAGUUUCAUGCUUCUCUUCCUCUCGAACUGAACAACACACACGACACAGAGGACUGGACGGAAAACAGACAGACAGGCUCUCGUGGUCCUUGCCUCCAUCUAUCCCAUUUUGUCAUUACCUCACUUCAUCUGACCCCCUCUCCACUUCACAGUAGUUCUAUUCAUAUCUCUUAUGUCCAGCCCAUUUAUUUUUACUUGAUCUUCUCACUGCUUUUGCUCAAAUUAUCCGUCCAUCACAGGACAGCUGAGAGCUCUCUUACAAACUUCCGCCUUCUGAACCUAAAACUUCUCAUUAUUUGAUUCUAAUUAAAAAACUUUUCAUCUAUUAUCUGCGUCUCUAAUCUUCAUUUGAGGUGUCUUGUCCCAUCCCUUGUACUUCCUCGGUUCUGGCCACUUUAGAUCAGUAUGUGGUCCAACUUCUUUGUACAACAGGAUGAGGAGGGUCGCACAGGGGUGGCAGGACAGAGUGGAGGUUUGGCUGGAAUGAAAGGUGGUAGAGGACAGAGGCGGAUCCACAAGAUGAGUGACAGCCAGGAGGGAAAGAUCAAGCUGGCUUUCUUUGUCUCUAUCGUUGGUGUGACCCUCACGGUGCUGGGCAUGGGGACAGAGUUUUGGGUGGAGCUGGCCCAACCAAAGAAUUUCAGCGGCAACCAAACCUGCCAGAUGGCCCAUUACGGCCUUUGGAAGGGCUGCAUCCGCACCCUAUCGGUGGAUGAAAUAGACCCAGAGAGGACAAGCUGUGGUCCUGCUGAUCUACGUGGAGAAUCCAACUGUACUUACUUCAAAUUCUUCACCUCUGGGGAGAAUGCAGUCAUAUUCAAGAAGACAACUAAGAAGAGUCUGAAUCUAGCAGCAGCUGUCUUGGCCCUUUUGAGCCUGACCAUGAUGGUGAUGGGCUCCAUAUGCAUUGCCAUGUCGCUCAGCAAAGGAGUGCAAUUCUUUCUUAAGCCAGCCUCCUUCUGCUUCAUCUUAUCAGGUGUACUGGUCCUACUCUCUGUCCUCAUAUUCCACCAGUCUGUGCUGGCCUUACUGUCCAGUGACCAAUCCAUACCUUUACACCAUGAACUGUCCUGGUCUGUGGCCUGCGUGGGCUCAGCGGGAGGCAUUCUUAUUUUCGGAGGCAUCCUCUUCAUCAUUCUCGCUCUUCCUUUCAGCCCAUGGCAGAAAUGCUUUCCACACAAGAACAGCGACACCUAGCCCUCUGAUGCUGCCCACAGUAUUCACAAUGUCUUUGUUUAUGAAGAAGGAAAAACAAAUUUCUGACAGCUGUGAUGUCGAGCUUGCUCUUGGCAUUGGAUUUGCCAGAGAAGCCAUACUAACUUGGUCUUAAAUUUACGAAAGGGAGUCAACAACACAUACACAACACAGCAUGGCCUACAGAGGUAGAUUUUGCAACGACGUGCUUUUGUUCAUUUUAGCAUAAAAUCGAAUGACUGACGGGGCUACUGCUGACUUUUUUAGUGUUUACUCAAACCUGCGUCACAAAUAGGUUUGUUAGUCCACCUGUAGCUGUACAAACAUAUAAACCCAAGCUUUAUACUGGGAUAAGUAGUGUAGAUGCUUUUCUUUUUAACUGCUAAGACUUUUUUUUUUUUUGAGGUUUGAAAAUGUUCAUAGUCUGCUUUUUAUGAAAGCUCAUCUCUCCCUAAAAACACAGUUAAAUUAGAAUAUACAGUGUAGUCCAUGCCCUGGAGAAACUCUUCCUAUACUGUUUUCUAUUGUGACUAUUGGCAAAAUUACAAUAUUUAGCUUUGCGUUUGAAGAUAAGGGGAAAAUGUUUUGUUGACCCACACACUCACUCAGUUCUCAUGCCUACUAAUGUCAGCUGACUUUCUAAUCUCCGCUUGCUGUUCUUGGAAGAAUGUGAUACAAAAUAAUGCAAUAGAAAAUCCAAAUUUGGACUUAAAAUCUGUUCGAAUUAUAAAUAAAUAAGUGAAAACUUGGAAUCAGUGGAAUCAGGCUGCUUAAUAUUGUUAUUUUUUUAAUUUCUAUUUAUAUCAUGCUUAAGUUGACAUAUAUCAACAUUAAACAGAAGCAAAUGCUUUGUUUUGAUAGCGCUAGUAAUCAUAUGAUGUACAUGUUAUAUGAAUAGAGCAAGCAGGAAAUUCUAUUAAACUUUUUAAAUCUUAAUACUUUAUGUGUUACUAUUUAUUUUGUUACCUGUGUUUUACACUUGUGUGAAUGCUGCUUUAGUGUAUCAGAUGAAUGUAAGUUGAAUGAAAUAGAUGAAACACUAUGCUGUAUAUCAGAGAAGUAUGUGGGCAUGCGUCCUCUGUAUAUAAAAGGAUUUUUUGUGUUUUAUGAAUGGUCAAUGCUUGUGGUGUUGUCUCUAAUCACUCUAUGUGCAAUGCAGUAAAUACAAUUUAUUUUGUCCUAGGAUGCUCACGUCUCCAACAGGAAAUGUUGUUUUACAGUAUGUAAACUGUGCUCUGUUCUGCUCAUAUAUGUACAGUAUAUGGCACCACUAUUGGUUACUAU